UGUCGAUUGCUGCCAGUCGCGACGCGCAGCAAAAAGGUUGAAGUUCAGAAAGGGACAAACCCACGAUAUAGCAUUCGACUAUCCAGCGAGGCCACAUCUCCGGUGGAUAGUGUGUACGGAAAAUUCUUGUUGGCGACAUACGAGACUUGGCGACGGAAUACCGUGCUCGGCCCGAACGAUCGCAUCCAAUUCAGAUUCAGCAGCACUCGGCGACUUAACGACGACUCUCCUGGCUGGACCCAAAAGCGAAUGACCCCUUAGCGCUUGGCUAGUCCUCAGGAAUGGGUAUGAGGAUUCGGCAAGAUGCAACAACGUCGAGAUGAGAUUCUCGCCAAAAAGGCGAAGCUCGCAGAGCUCAAACGCCAGAGGGAGCUUCGAGCGAGCCAGGCCAACCGUCCGAGCAUCAGCCCAAGCGAAAUAUUAGCCCCAACGCCGGGCCGAGCCGACAACCGACGAGAGAUAGAGUCCCUCAUCGACAGCCUUGUCCGCGAGAGCAGGCCGGUGUCUGUUUCGACCGGCGCCAACUCGCCUGGCCGAUUUGGCAGCAGGCCAAACAGCGUGCUCAGCACGGGAGAACUCAGCAACGAGAACAACUCGGAAUAUGCCGGCCCCGCAAGCGCGCAGAUCGCCACUUCGCACCCCCAGAUUCUCUCCACGAUACCCUUGAAGACGGUCUACGAGUGCCCUCCAUCGCCUGUAAAAGAGGUGUACACGUACAGCAAAGGGGUGCAGACGACCGACGAAUGGGCAAGCCCAAGGAGAUCGCGCGCCCUGUCCGAGUCGGAAGACGAGGAACCACCCGUGACGGCUUCGCCGAGCAAGCGGCUGAGCAGGAGGGAGCGGGACCGAGAGGAAGAGCUGCGAGAGAACCUACGGAAGGAGAUUGAGGCAGAACUCAGGGCGGCCAAGGAGCUGGUAACGGAUGGCGUGCUUAAACCAUCCGCUGCGGCCAACUUCCCGGCCCGGACACUGACUGCCGACGAGCUGAGGGCCGUCACACAGUCUGACGACUUCAUGGACUUCAUUGACAGGUCGACCAAGGUCAUUGAAAAAGCGUUGGAUCAGGAAUACGACAUCCUCACCGACUACACGCUCCAAGUACACGACGCUGAAGACGACGACGACCAGACUGGCAACACGGGCGGAAAAGGCCGGCGAAAGGUCAAGGAGAUUGCCCAGUUCUACGACGAGCGGUGGUCCAAGAAGCGCAUGGUCAGCGCCAUCGACUUCUCGCCCAAGUUCCCCGAGCUCCUCCUCGCGUCCUACACCAAGAACCCCACCGCCCCCCACGACCCGGACGGCAUUGUCCAAGUAUGGAACCUCCACCUGCACGACCGACCCGAAUUCGUCUUCCACGCCCAAUCCGACAUCCUGACGGCCAAAUUCUCCCCCUUCCACCCGAACCUCAUCAUCGGCGGCGCCUACAGCGGCCAGGUCCUGCUCUGGGACACGCGCGCGCGGUCGGUGCCCGUGCAAAAGACACCCCUCACGGGCUCGGGCCAUACCCACCCGGUCUACUGCGUCGACAUAGUCGGCACGCAAAACGCAAACAACAUCAUCUCGUGCUCCACCGACGGCGCUGUGUGCGGCUGGUCCGUCGACAUGCUGGCCCAGCCUCAAGAAGCCAUGACGCUCCUCUCCCCGCUUCCGGCCAAGAACGAGGACCUCUCGCCGACCUGCAUGGCCUUCCCGCAAGCCGACCCGACUUUCUUCUUGGUCGGCUCCGAAGACGGCACCAUCUACCCCUGCCACCGGUACGACCGCGCCGGCGCCAAGGCCGGCGUCGACGCCCGCGUCAGCUAUCGCGGCCACGCCGCGCCCGUCAUGUCGGUCGCGUUCCACCCCGCCCGCGGGCCGGUCGACCUGGGCGAUCUGGUCCUGUCGGCGAGCCUGGAUUGGAGCGUCAAGCUGUGGAAGGUGCGCGCCCCCGCGGCCACGUCGGCCGUCAUCUCGUCGUCGUCGUCCGGCGGCGGCGUCGCGGGCAGCGGCGGCGGUGGCGGCACUGGAGCAGCAGCUAGCGGAAUCGUAGCCGGGUUGGGCGGCGGUGCAGCUGGACUUGGUGUGGGCAGUGGCGGCGUCGGUGCGGGACUAGGCGGCCUCGAGCCAGCGGUCGCGCCGCUACUGGACUUUGUGCGCGAGGACGUUGUCUAUGACGCGGCCUGGUCGCCUGUCAAGCCCGGCGUGUUUGGGCUGGUGGACGGCGCCGGCUGGCUCGAGCUGUGGGACAUUACCGUGGAGACGGAGGAGCCCGUCUCGAGGAUCUCGCCCAGCCCGAGGAAGGACGGGCGCACCAUGCUGAGCAAAAGCCUGAAUAAGCUCGCGUGGGAGCCCAGCGAGGGGAAGAGGCUUGCCACGGGCGGGAUUGACGGCGCGGUGACCGUGUUUGAGGUCGGGCCCGACCUGGGCGGGAAGGAGGGGCUGAGGAACGAGGAGUGGACGAGUGUGAAGAAGCUGGUGAAUAGACUGGAGGCGGUGGGCGGGAGUGAUGGGGUUGGUGCUUGAGAGGGUCUUGGUUAGAGGUGUCCGUGUGUGAGGCAAUAGCGGGAGUGGGCGGGCGGGCCGUUCUUUGGUAUCUGGAGCUAAUACAUGGAGGGCGUAUGUAUGGAGUUAUGGAAGUUCGAAGGGGUGAUAAAUGAGAAAGGCAGGAAGCGGUGAUCAAACCCUAACCCUGGAGCGCCUG